CUCUGGGUAGGAAUGCCAGCCUGGUACGUUGCAGCGUGCAGGUCGAAUGUGAAGAGUGGGGCGAUCAUGGCAAAUCUCUCCGACACAGAGAUCCAGAGAGAGAUUGGGAUCAGCAACCCUCUCCACCGGCUCAAGCUGAGGCUCGCGAUCCAGGAGAUGGUGUCUCUCACCAGCCCCUCCGCGCCCGCCUCCUCUCGAUCGUCCACCAGUAAUGUCUGGAUGACUCACGCUGAAAUGGAGUCACUGUCCGUUGCGCCCAAACCGGAGCCUAAAGAGAUAAGCUGGGACCAGAUACUGGCUUACGGAGAUAUGAACCAUGAAUGGGUUGGGAACGAGUGGCUUCCCACUGGGCUCCCCCAGUACAGAAGCUACUUCAUGGAGUCACUGGUCGACGCCCGAAUGCUUGAUCCUACCAAGAAAGAGCUCCGAGGACAGCUCAAGAUGGUGGACAGCUUUCACAGGGUCAGCCUGCAUUAUGGCAUCAUGUGUUUGAAGAGGCUGAACUACGAUCGCAAGGAGCUGGAGAGGAGAGAGGAGAGCCAACUGCAGAGCAAAGAUGUGAUGGUCUGGUCGAACGAGCGAGUCAUGUGCUGGGUGCAGGGGGUGGGUCUGAAGGAAUACGCUGAUAAUCUACAGGAGAGCGGGGUGCACGGAGCCCUGCUCUCAUUGGACGAGACCUUCGACUUCAGACUGGCGCUGCUGCUGCAGAUCCCCACCCAGAACACACAGGCCCGGCAGCUCCUGGAGAAGGAAUACAACGGACUGAUCGCCAUGGGAACGGAGAGGAGGCCGGAUGAGGAUGGUUCCAAGACGUUCACUCGCUCGCCCUCGUGGAGGAAGAUGUUUCGUGAGAAAGACCUGCGCGGCGUGACCUCUGACCCCUCGGAGACCCUGCCCGCCAACUUCCGUGCGUCGGCCAUAGCGACCCCCAGCGUGACCCUGCGCAAGGUCCAGUCAGAGGUAAAUUCUUCGGGUUCGACUCGUGGAGAGUCGGGGUCAGUGAGGACCUACUCCUGUUGAUAGUGCCAACGAGACUGAACUGUCAGUUUUAUUUCCUGUUUGAUUUUUUUAAACAAAAAAAACGAGGCAAUAAGCGAAGGAGCGAAGGAGAAGAGAGAGAGAGAGGGAGCGAGAGCAGAGAGCGGAAAACGGAGAGAACGAGACGGGCACGCUGGAAGAAAGAGAAAGAGAGAAGGUGGACUUUGAGAAACAAACCUUUUUUUUCUUAUUAUAUUUUUUUUAAUUUAGUGGUUGCCAGUUAUGUUUUGUAUUUUCUCCCAAUUUAGAAUAUCUAAUUAUUUUUAGACUCGCCGCGCAGCCGCCUCAGAGCUACAGCGUCGGAGGACAACGCAGCUCUGGGCAGCUUACAGACAAGCCCGCAGGCGCCUGGCCUCACCACAAGGGGGCGCUGGUGAGCCGAGGACACCCUGGCCGACCUAAACCCUCCCUCCCUCCGGGCGGCGCUCCGCCAAUAAAUCUCCUCCCCCUGGGAGCUCCCAUCCACGGUCAGCAGUGGAAUAGCCUGGACUCGAACCUGCAACCUCCAGACUAUAGGGGGCAUCCUGCACUCAGAGAUCACUCUGAGAUCUGAUAACUGAAGAUAAACGAGAGAUAAGCAAUGAAUGAGGGAAAGAAAGAAGGGGGAAGAUAGGAUGAAGGUUACUAUAGGAUGGAGAGAGAGAGAGAGAAAGUGACAGAGAGAGAGAAUAUUGCUCCCUUAGCCCCCUGCUGGCCAGUAUACGUAAGUGCAGUAUUUUGAUCUGGACUCGAAUCAGAAUUCCUCAUACUGGAAAUGAAUUAUGAUUUUGGGUAACUCUUUAAUAAUCUGUGUCUGUUCAGAAUUAGUUUGAUUGUCUUCAGGGAGAUGUUAUGAAGUCCUGAAAAGCCUGUCAGGAACUUGCAACUGAGGAAUCUCAUUUGAAAUCGGUAGGAAAUCACGUGUUAGUUACACUGAAAUUACAGACGCUUGUUUUAAAAUGUUAUCGGAUUUUGUGUAGAGCCGCGAUUCUCAGUUACCCAUAAUACCAGUGGCUCGGGUUCGAAGUUAUCUUAUUUACAAAAAGCCGUUGGAAUCAGAAUCGCGAUUAUCUUUCCGUUGGCUCCAGAUUCUGUUGUAAAAUAAUGACCAGAAAUUGUUAACGAAUUCAAAAUGAAUCCCAAAUGAAUCCCCAAUUAAUCCAAGACGAAUCCACAAUUAAUUCAAGAUGAAUCCCCAAUUAAUUCAAAAUGAAUUCCUAAUGCAUUCCAAAUUAAUCCCUAAUGAGUUAAAAACGAGUUCCUAAUUAAUUCAAGAUGAAUCCCCAAUUAAUUCAAAAUGAAUUCCUAAUGCAUUUCAAAUUAAUCCCUAAUGAAUUAAAAAUGAGUUCCUAAUUAAUUCAAGAUGAAUCCCAGAUCAAUUCAAAAUUAAUUUCUAAUGAAUUCAGAACGAAUUCCUCAUUCAUUUCAAAUGAAUCCCUAAUGAAUUAAAAACGAGUUCCUAAUUAAUUCAAGAUGAAUCCCAGAUUAGUUCAAAAUUCAUUUCUAAUGAGUUCCUAAUUAAUUCCUAAUUCAUUCCAAAUGGAUUUCUAAUUAAGUCUAAAUUAAUCCGUAAUGAAUUCAAAGCGCAUCCUUCCUUCAUUCGACAUCAAUUCCUGAUGCAUUCCAAAUGAAUCCCAAAUCGAAUCCUUAAUGAAUUCUGUCUGCCUCCCUCAGGAAUAACACCUGAAUCUCUUCUGCGCUUCCGCUGAGUUCUGAAGUCCUUCGUUUUGAAUCCAGCUGCUAUUAAUUCACGUGGGUUUAAUUACCUGAAUUUAUCCCAUGUUCCUUUGUAAGGAACGCGUGUUUAAGACCUGCAUUCAUAAUGAAUUCAUUCCCCUCUCACUCGCUCCCAGGAGAUUGUGAGGAGGGUUCAUUCAUCAUGAAUGGAGGUCUUACACACGCGAGCAACAGCACUAGUGACAAAGCAACGUGGAAGGAAUACUGUGAGUCAAAGUGUUAUGAAAAUAAAUCCAUCUACAGCAAAAUGUGAAUCGACUAAUCAGCCAAUCAAGUGACUGCAGAUCGAAACAUGUGACUACAUCAAUUACCUCACAAGAUGCGUCAGUUGAAUUCAGAACUCGGUUUCAAGCGUUUCUGUGACCCUUCAAUUGUUUCGCGCUACAAAUCUUGUAAGAGCGUCCGCGAGUCUUUGAUGAGAAGGGCAGCGAGGGGCAGAGCUAUUGCUGAUGAACGAAUCCACAGUUUGUGCCCCAAAUCCACGGGAAUUCUGGGUAACUGAUGGAUGAGCAUUUGUUAAGACGGAUAUAAGUUUAUUUAUUUAUGUAUGUAUUUAUUUAUUUAUUUAUUUAUACAAUUAUUUAUGAAUUGAUCUGUUUUUUCAAUAUAUUUCAGUAUGUAUUGUUGUAAUUAUUAUUAUUAUUAUUAUUAGUUUUUUAACAAUAUCAUUAAUUUUGCCAACACUGCAGAGCUGUAUAGAGCUCUAUAGGAAAGAGAUCUCAACACUGCAGAGCUGUAUAGAGCUCUAUAGGAAAGAGAUCUCCACUCUGCAGAGCUGUAUAGAGCUCUAUAGGAAAGAGAUCUCAACUCUGCAGAGCUGUAUAGAGCUCUAUAGGAAAGAGAACUCAACUCUGCAGAGCUGUAUAGAGGUCUAUAGGAAAGAGAUCUCCACUCUGCAGCUGUAUAGAGCUCUAUAGGAAAGAGAUCUCAACACUGCAGAGCUGUAUAGAGCUCUAUAGGAAAGAGAGCUCCACUCUCAACUCUGCAGAGCUGUAUAGAGCUCUAUAGAAAGAGAUCUCAACUCUACAGAGCUGUAUAGAGCUCUAUAGGAAAGAGAGCUCCACUCUGCAGAGCUGUAUAGAGCUCUAUAGGAAAGAGAGCUCCACUCUCAACUCUGCAGAGCUGUACAGAGCUCUAUAGGAAAGAGAGCUCCACUCUCAACUCUGCAGAGCUGUAUAGAGCUCUAUAGGAAAGAGAUCUCAACUCUGCAGAGCUGUAUAGAGCUCUAUAGAAAGAGAUCUCAACUCUACAGAGCUGUAUAGAGCUCUAUAGGAAAGAGAACUCAACUCUGCAGAGCUGUAUAGAGCUCUAUAGGAAAGAGAACUCCACUCUCAACACUGCAGAGCUGUAUAGAGCUCUAUAGGAAAGAGAACUCCACUCUCAACUCUGCAGAGCUGUACAGAGCUCUAUAGGAAAGAGAGCCCCCCUCUCAACACUGCAGAGCUGUAUAGAGCUCUAUAGGAAAGAGAGCUCCACUCUCAACACUGCAGAGCUGUAUAGAGCUCUAUAGGAAAGAGAUCUCCACUCUGCAGAGCUGUAGAGAGGGUUCCUAAUAAAUAAGCCAGACCAUUAUUCUGCAGUUAUCAAAUGCCAGUGCUUUGUGUGUGGAUGAUGAACUGUAAAGACAUUGAUUAUUAUUUUUUUUGUACAGAUCAAAUUUGGGGCACCAUUACAAAAAAGGGGGGUAGUCAUCAAAAGUCAAGCGGUGUGUACAUUUUUGGGAACCCCCAUAAUCCCUCUAACCUCCCCCUCUCACCCCCCCCCCCCCCCAAAUAAAGACAUUAAAUGCACGUUAAACAAUAAAAAAACGAGGGGGGGGGAUUUCAGCAGAUAAAGGGUUGAAUUAAACAUUUGGUUGUUUAUAAAAAAUAAUAAUAAAUAUGCAUGAAAUAAAAUAACAAAUUAUGAAAUAAUUCAACGAUUAGAAAAUAACACAGCGCGGAAAAUUAGAAUCAGACAGC